AUUAUAGAGCUGACAGGUUAUUGGAUUUGGGACGAGAUCAUUCACAAUUCUUUUGAAUAAGCACCAAUUUAUUAAAGGUAUUGUUAAUCAUGAGUAAUUCAGACUCACCAUUGCUUAAGCCAUAUAGUAAAGCCCUCGAUGAUCCAACUCUUGGGUCCCCUGGUCUUGUCGCCAGAGAGCUGGCUCAACCAGAUGAAAACAUUGACUCUUUGACCAUUGGAAAUGGGAACACUUAUGGAGCUAUUGAUCAAGACUUAGAGAGUCAGCCACAGGAAACUGAACAGGAUCCAAAUGUUGGUGAAAUCGACCCUGCUCAAUUAAAACUUAUAAUAGGGACUUUAUACAUUGGAUCAUUCUUAGCUGCUCUGGAUACUACUAUUGUUACUACUUUAUUAUCAACAAUUGCAUCAAGCAUAAAUUCAGUGUCCAAAAUGUCAUGGAUUGCCACAUCUUAUUUAUUAUCAUGUUCUGCCUUCCAACCAUUAUAUGGUAAAUUAUCAGAUAUCUACGGAAGAAAAUCAUUAUUGUUAUUCUCCAAUGCUACAUUUGCUCUUGGCUGUUUAAUUUCAGGUCUUUCUCAUAAUUUGGUUGGUUUAUCAAUUGGUAGAUUCAUAACAGGUAUUGGUGGUGGUGGAUUAACAUCAUUAAGUACAAUCACCACUAGUGAUUUAGUUCCAUUGAGAAAAAGAGGUAUUUACCAGGGUCUUGGUAAUAUUGCAUUUGGGGUUGGAGCUGCCACUGGUGGUAUCUAUGGUGCAUUAUUUGAGAAAUAUCUUGGUUGGGAAUAUGCCUUCUUCAGUCAAGUUCCUAUUGCAUUGAUUAGUGUUUACUUGAUUUGGAGAAACUUAAAGCUACCAGAAGGUUCAAUUGGGCUAGGUAUGACUGGCUCUAGAUUAGCUAAAUUGAAACAGGUUGACUUCUUGGGUGCUACAUUAUUGGUCUCUGCAUUGUUAAGUUUUAUGAUUUUAGUUUCAUUUGCAGGAAACGAAAUUGAAAUUAACGGCGGUGCCUUCUGGGGAUUGAUUGUCUUUACAGCUGUUACCUUAGGCUCUUUUGGUUAUGUUGAAUUGUAUGUUUCACCUCAGCCAGUUUUACCUGUUAGGUUAUUUGCCUUCAUAACAGUCUUAUCAUCAGGUUUGGUAAAUUGGUUCAUGACAAUGUCUGUUUUCACCUACCUCUUCUAUAUGCCUGUCUACUGGAGUUCUGUUGUUGGUUUAACUCCAACAGAAAUAGGUUUGAGAACCAUUUCUAAUUUUGUGGGUGUAUCAAUGGGUUCAGUUUUGUCUGGUAUAUAUAUGAAAAAUACUGGUAAAUACUAUUGGUUCUCGGUAAUUGCAGGUAUUUUGACAAUUCUUGGUGUUUAUGGCUUAUAUGUCACAACUGAAACAACAUCUACAUUCUUCCAAUAUAUUGAGUUAUUCAUCCCAGGUGCUGGCUAUGCUGCAAGUUUAACUGUUACUUUAUUGGCUUUGAUUGCUUCAGUUCCUCAUGAUCAACAAGCUGCUACAACAUCAAUUCAAUAUGCCUUCAGAGCCACUGGCUCAACCAUUGGUGUCGCUGCUUCAAGUUUCAUUUUCCAAAAAUACUUGUUAAGCUCUUUAACUACCAGAUUAUUUUCAAUCCCAUCAGAUUAUUCAAAAGAAGAGGUUCUUGAAAUAAUUCAAAAAGCUUUCAACAGCUCAGAAUAUACUCGUAAAGCACCAGAAGUCUUUAGAGAUGCAAUCAUCAAGAGUUAUGAUAUUGGGACUCAUAAGGCUUUGCUUUUCAGUUUCAUAACUUGUGUCAUCGCUUGUGUUGUUGGGUUGUUUAUGAAGGAGCAUGUUUUGCACACAACCAUACAUAGAAAAUGAUAUGGGAACAUGGGAAAUAUUACUUUAAUAGAACGAGAC